UGCAUGAUACAGAACAUGAAGAAAGCGCAUUCUCCUGGUGUGCAGCCUGCAGAUGUGGAGGAAGUUGUCAAGAAGGGUGUACAGACCCUUGUGAUUGGCCGAGGGAUGAGUGAGGCCUUGAAGGUGCCUCCAUCCACUGUGGAGUACCUCGAGAAACAAGGCAUUGAUGUGCGGGUCCUCCAGACAGAGCAGGCAGUGAGGGAGUAUAAUGCCUUGGCUGCCCAAGGCAUCAGAGUGGGAGGGGUCUUCCAUUCCACAUGCUGAUGGAGCCUUAAGGAGAAUAAAUCACUAAGCAACAAUGCCUGUGAUCAUCACUCUUAGCAUCUCCACACCGGCCUCCCCAAGCAUUUUUCAACAGCUGUUCACGCCAGGUCCUGUGCUAGGCUUUGGGAUGCAUGGUAACGAAGGCCAGGUCCCUGAGGGGAACUGAAAAUCAGGGGAGAAGACAGAUGUAUAUAAUACACUAAAUGUUAGGCCAGAAAUAUGAGGAAAUAAGGGCAAAAAUAAAGCUUUCUGCUUUGAAGGCCAAGGAGAAGUUUCAGAACAUUAAAAUUACAUUGCAGUUGAA